AACGAGCCUCUUCUGGACCACGACUUGGUACGUAAGGACGGUCGCACUCCCGCCCUCAGACUCAGGUUCGGCAAGCGUGACACGCCCUUCGCCCAGGAGGAGGACGUGGCCACUCCGGAGCAGUAAGGGACGAGGCAGGUUCCGCGACGCUCACGCCCCUCGAGGUUCCGUAGUGUCCUAGCAACCGACAUUCCCCCGCCCGUCCCCGCGCCCCUCCCCCCCCCCCACGCCCACGCCCACGCCCAUACGCCCUUCGGCAGCGGCCUCCAGCGAGCAAGUCUCUCCAGCAGCGCAGCCAAGGACACCCGAGCGGCUCCCCCGACGGCCCCGACGCCCCGCGAGGAAGGAGCCGCGGCCGCAGGAGGGAAGGUCGCCGCCGCCGCCCGCGCCUCACGAGGGCGCCGCUGCCUCGCCCGGGGCGCGCGGGCGGCCCUCGGGCGCUUAGACGUCCACGAGGGCUUAGUAGACAUGUAUACAUACAUACAUAAAUACGCCCAUACAUAUAUACAUACAUAUAUACAUACCCUCAUACAUAUAUGCAUACAUGUAUACAUACAUACAUACAUAAUACAUGCAUACUUACAUACA